CGAAAACAUUUGAUAACAGCAUGUCGGAGCAACAAUUUGAGGACAUGAUCGCAAUAUUUCGAAAAUCACUCGACGUAUCAGAAACUUUGACGCAAGAAGAGCGCCACAAAGUCUCGUUUCGCCUUCCGCCAGCUGAAGAGGACGCCAUUGUUCAAGCGAAGACGCGUUAUACUUCUCGUGCAUCACUGGUGCAAGGCUGUCUCGAAAGAGGUGCCUUGGAUUUGACAGAUGAUGAGAUAGACAUUAUAAUCAGAGGUGUUGCAUCAGGCCCAGCAUCAGUAGGCGACAGUCUCCUAAGCUUCUUGACGCAGCAGUCUCCAGAAGUCAAAGAGUUGGCUGACAAAGUAUACGAGAGUAACGACUUUACUGACCCGGGUGAGCUGAAGGCGAUACUCCAAUGCUACAAAGAGCAGGGUUAUCGUAAGGAGCAGAAGCGAACAACAAGACAAUUACAUCGUCACCGACUGGUCGAGCGCCGCUACCUUGAAUUGCUGCAGGACAGCAUACAAAGGGACAAAACCAGUCAUGGAAAUGCCUUGAAAAGGAGGGCCCUUGAGCAGAUCAUGAGGGAAACCAAAGGUCAGGUCGAGUUUCCUCAGGCCCCUACCAACGAUUCGACAUCUCGGAAAAUCCAGGAUUUCGCCAUAAAAGCACAACGCAAGCCAUACCUAGAUAUCGGCAUAUGGGGCUUUGCAAUUUUACGCCUCGAUUAUAGAGAUGACACUUUAUGGGAAUCGUACAAGUCGCGUGUGGAGACGUGUACUCAAAAGGUCCUCACCGCCAACGAUGUUCCCGAAAAUGUAUGCCGGAUGCUGCGAUUCACCUACCUCGAAGACGAAAGUGCUCUGUCUGGAGAGGUUGACCAGACUAAGCUAGUGAAAUACUGGAGAGACAACAGAUGGAAUGAGAACGUGCAUAUUCACAUGAACCACGAUUUCUUCCUCUCUGCGGAUUGGAAAGCAAUGGACAACGAAAAUACCACCGACCCACCCAUGUACUUGCAUGAUGCCUAUAUUGAGGAGAUGCCGACCGACUUAUCUUCAUUUCCUGGUUAUAUCACGAUGACUGCUCUGCAUUUCUGUUCGAAGGGCAUUGCUGGGAUCAACGAUGACCGGCAGUACGUCAGGUCGAUAUGGGAUAUCCUCCAUUGACACAUGAUUUGUGAUACCGAUAGAGACGCAAGGGAGAAACCGAUAAGGAACUAGACCUCGGUAGGCCGCCCUCAGCCUGAUCCUUCGCAGAUCUGCCUUGUUAGGUUGCCAAUCAUAUACCAAGAAUAAGAGGGAGAAAAUAACCACUCGACACCAACCAUCAAACAUGCCC